GCAAUUAGUUUUGUUACAUUGUUUGAAUUCAAAUUGCAUAGAACACGAUUUUUUUCUGGAAAUAUUGUUCUAAAAUGAAGAAUGGAAAACUAUUCUAAAAGUUUUUAUAGCGAUUAGUGUUAUUUUUACCUGCAUCAUACAUGAGAUGCAAAAGAAAACGUUUCAGCUAAACGAAAGUCAGAUUGAGUUUACAAAUAAUGAAUGAGGAAACUGCAAAUAGAAAUGCAUUUAAAAUAAGGUACACAAGGAAAAAAUUGUUGGAAAUUGGUGAAAAACCAAUAUGUAAAAAAAUGCCAGAUUGCUUUUCAGCAUCAUGUAAGAAUCUUGCAGAACACUCAUCCAGUUCUGUUGAUAAACAUAAAUAUUCACAACCCCAGGAUUGCGUAAGUAACCCACCUUAUGAUAUAGUAACAAUGUAUCAACAACCAUUAAAUGAACAUAGAUUGAACAUGCGUACUUUCCAUGCUGGAGGAUCUCGAAGUCAGAUACAUCAAGAAGGUGAUUUUUUUCCACAAAGGCCAAAUUUUGUAAAUAUUUGUGGAACUCCAGACUUAGUUCCACCUAAAAGUAAACGAAACAAACCUAACAGUUUUUGGCCAAAUCGUUUCCCGAAUCAACACUACCAAAAUAAGCAUUUAGAAAGUAACUAUGCUGAGUCCAUGAAUAAGAGCGGAACCAAAAACAAAAGUAAAAAUGAAAUACUAAUGAAUGAAACAGUUUCUGUUGAUCAUUUUGGUAAGGAAAAAAGUACAAGCACUGAGCCUGCAGCAAAAGAUCUAGAAUAUAUUAAACCUGUAGAUGAAAAUAAGGAAAAUGUCAACUAUGAUAAAGAAUUUGAAAAUAGUAUUGAAUUUAGCUCAAAUGAAAAUAUAGCUCCCAAAAUGUUGGAAAAACAAUGGUUUUCAAAGUAUGAUCAUGGUAACGUAAAAGAUCAUUUGGAAAAAAAUCAAACUAAUUGUCAAUUGGUUGGUGAUACUUUAUUUCAAGUAUCGAGCAAAGACUUUCAGACUGAAGUUAAGAAUGCUAGUACAGCUAAAAUUUUUCCUUCUUUCAGUUCACCUAGCUUUGGAAAGAAUGGAAAAGGAGAUGGUGUUAAUCAAAACGAAGGAGGUUCUAAUGACAUGUUUAUGACAACAGAUUUAAAUGUUACCACCAAGAAAGAGUAUUUCAUUACUUCUUCAAAAAUGCAAAUCUCACCAACAAAAGACUAUCUAGUGCCCGAAUACAAAGUGAACAAUUCAUCAGUAGUAUCCAAUAGCAAUGCACCCAGUGACAUCACCAACAUCAUGAGCAAUCUAAAAAUCCAGACCAAGCAACACAGCGGCCAAGGAGAUUCACCUUCAACAUGUUUCAUGGUUGAAAAUAACAUGUGCUACCUUCCUCGACCCGAGCCCAGUGAAGGCCUUAAUCAACAUUCGUCACCAAAAGCCAUGCCUGAGUAUUGUGAUUCAAAACUGUCCACUAACUACUCCAGCAUCCACAUCCCUGAAGCAAAUGCUGAAUCUUCUCCAGAAUCAGUGACUUCAGCAGAGACCAAACAGAAGAAGAGUCCUCGUGAAAUCUUUCCGGACUUAACGCAGCUGCAGCCAGAACAGAAAAUGGAGGCUAACACAAAAAGCACUCCCAAAAUUACCAACCCAAGGGCUCUUUUAAUGCAGCUGCCAUUCGACAUACAGUUGCUGGUAAAAAAUGCCAAACCGACCAGCGAGAUGCUGAGUCGAACGGAGGCCAUGGCAACUCUUAGCGGCUUAAAGAAUGGCCAAAUGACGCUGGACCACUUGGCUCGACAGCUGCAGAACUCUGCCCUCCAGCAGCGACACAAGGAACUGCUCGCAUGCAUUCUCAAGAUGUGCAUACAGGACCCGCUCCUGAUGGGCCAUGGCAGAUGCGAUCCUAGCCCCACCUCAGGCACUCCGAAGAAAGAGGGCACCGCCGUAAAGCCAGCGAUGGCCUGGGUCUUGACGAAGGUGCCGUCGGAGCAGCUGGGCCCCGCGUACUGCCAGCUGUUGCAGAGCCCCCGGUCGGGCGUGGUGUACCCUGCCUCCCAGCUGCUGAUGGGGCCCCGCCCCAUUAUGCCACUCCCAGCAAGGAUCAUGCAAAAGAACCACGCAGCCCGCCUGCUGCAAGAGCAGCUACGCCAGCUGGGCCCUGCGCAGCCGCCUCGCAGCUUCGGGGCGGAGGAACUGGACAACUUCAACCUGCAGCCUGCACCGGAGGACUCAAAGUAGUGCCACUGAUGACAUCUUCCUGCUCAGCUCUGGGAGAAACUGUUUAUUGGCUAGAAAAUAUUUCUCUGUCAGGAACUGUUUAGGUUCUUUGUGUUAUGAUGUACUUAUGUACCAAGGUACUGUAUUGUGUAUUAUUUAUUAUUUUGUUGUUAUUGUUGUUGUUGCUAGAAUGUAUGUAAUGUUACAGUACGGACAAUAUGUUACUGUUCGUAGUUUCCUUGCUGGAGGAUCUUGAAAUCUGAUGCAUCAAGAAGGUCAAGUAACAAAAUUUAAGCACACAUUUUCUCUUAUUGCUACCCAAUUUGUUUCAUAAUCAGUUGUUGCAUUUGAUAAACAUGUAAAUUCAAGAUUUGAAUAAAAUUUUUGAUGAAUGGUUUUCUUCUCCAGAA